AUGCGAGCGGCGGCGGAGAGCGUAAUCGCGCGAGGCUGUCGUUGUCGGGAUUGUGCUAGUUUGGUCAAAGAGACCCCUACCGCUUCUGCUAUCGGAGUACCGAAACCUGGGGAGGGCCUUGAUGGUGGUAAACCUAAGUUGGUGGACGAUCACCACGACGUUAUUGAUCUUGACCAUGAUCUUACUACUGAGAUAACUGAGGCUGCUAAGAUGUACCAGGCUCUCGAGGAACGCCUCAAGGCCGUUGAAGUCACCAAAACGUCAAGCUUCAAUACUUCUGCCCUGUGCUUGGUACCUGGGAUUGUUAUCCCCCCAAAAUUUAAGGAUAGUCUUACUGGAGCUCCGUUGGAGUGGUAUAUGAAACUUGAGAGGGCUAAUGUUGGUACUUGGGGACAACUUGUUGAUGCCUUCUUGAAACAAUACCACUAUAAUACUGCUAUAGCUCCCAGCCGCGCUCAACUCCAAAAUAUGGCACAAAAGUCUGAAGAAUCUUUCAAAGAAUAUGCCCAGAGGUGGCGCGAACUCGCUGCUCGAGUUCAACCUCCUCUCCUUGACCGCGAAUUGAUUGAUCUGUUUAUGGGUACUCUGAAAGGGUCGUAUCUUCAACACAUGGUUAGUAAUACUUCUCCUUCUUUCUCAGAUGUGGUUAUCAUUGGUGAACGAGUCGAGAACUGUGUCAAAGCUGGUACCAUUCAAGGUGUUACUAGUCCUAGCAUUUCUAAUGGCAAUGGUAAAAAACCAUACUCCGGAUUUGUGAAGAAGAAAGAAGGUGAAACCAGUAAUGCUUCAGUUGACCAAGGUCGAACUCCUGUAUACUCUGCUGUUCCACCUCCUUACUACCCAAUGCCUUAUGUUGUUCCCAAUCCGUAUGUCCCUCAAGCGUACGCCGCUGCACUCCCACAACCAUGGGUGGCACCUCAGCAACCUUUCAUCCCACAACAACAAGUUGUUGCUCCUCAGAAUCGUCAACAGAAUCCUAGGCCUCAAGGCCAAAGAGCUCCACAAAGGCAGAGAUACCCUAAAAGGUGUAUAGAUCCGGUUCCGAUGCCAUAUGCCCAGCUUCUUCCCCAAUUGCUUGCUGGUGCCCCGGGCCAUACGAUUGAAAAGUGUAGAGCAUUAAAGUACAAAGUUCAGGAUCUCCUCGAUGACAAGAUUAUUUCAUUCACUCCUACCGGUCCUAAUGUGCAGAAUAAUCCUAUGCCUCCCCACACGGGUGCGACCAAUGCUGUUGAACUGUGUGACGAACAGGUCCUGGUACCUGAUGUUGAUGAGGUUAAGAUGCCGCUUGCAACUGUCAGGGAACAUCUCGUGCAACAAGGAGUUUUGUGUGAACUACAUGAUUUCUGCUUACAAUGUUCUUCCAAUCCUGAGGAAUGUGCCAGAUUGAGAGAUGAGAUCCAAAAGCUGAUGGAUGAAGGAGUCAUUAGGGUGUAA